AAAUAAUAGUGGAAUUCAUGUUACGAACUCUAUUAUGUCAUUUUUUCUUGUUGGCUGCAAUCGUUCCUUCAAUCCGUGUUCGCACGCUAAAUAAUAACCUAAGGGCAGAUCGCCUUUCCUUCAUUGUACCGGGAUCACACAUCGACAAACGCAUUCCACAUCUGCAAUUCAAACUUUAUGGUCGUCUGACUCAUGAGCUAUAUAAAACCAUUCGUCAACGUAUAAUCCAAUGCAACGAAACGACGGAGAAAAGAAGGGAACGGUUAGAAAGGAUUGAACGGAGUAAGCGCGACGGUUUGCUGCUAUCUCCGAAAACUAGCUAUAAUAUAUAUUUACUUUUAGACACAAUUCCUGCGGAUAAAAUAAAGCAAAGAUUUCAAUACAUUGCUCAUAAUCUGAUAAAUAUAGGUGCUGAAAACAUACAUAUUUACUAUUAUGGUGUGAAGAAGUUAGCACAACCCUUAAAGAAGAAGCACGAAGCCAGUGUUCUUUCGUUUGAGCUGUGCGUAUAUCCAAGUUUAAUCAAGCACAUUCACAGUAAAUUAAAACAAGAAGACCACGUAUUGCGCGUGUUGGUAUUGAAGGAUGAGAAGAAAGACAAAGAUCUACGAAUAUAUCGUGACAACAAUUUACAUAUACGUCAUCCGUAUUUCAACGCAGCGAAAUUUAGCUCUUUGAAAGGCCAAUUGGUAAACAAACCACAGGAAAAUUUUGAUAUAAUCGAGUAGAUGAAAUAUUCGCGAUGUCUAACAUAAGAUCUUUUGGUGAUUUUGAUGAUGCUGC